CGGCGGGGCCGAGCCUGAGCGGCGAGGGAAAGCGAGGCCGGCAUCGCCAGCGGGAUCGCGGCUCCCGCCCCAGCAGCCGGCGAGCGCUGCAGAGAGAGCCGCACUCUGAGCCCGACCCCGCGGCAGCCGCUUCCCCUUAGCUCCCCGCCUCCACCCGCCCUCGGAGCGAUGUCCCGGCGGAGCGGGCAGUGAGGCGGCGGCCGCCGAGGGACGCCCUGAGCAGGGAGAGGCGGGGGCACGGCGGGAAGCGCUCCGUCCCUCCCUUCCAGCUCUCUCCCCUCCCUCUCCCCGCGCCCGGGCGCAACAGCGGCCGUUUUCCCUCGCCCUUCAUGCCCGGGCGGCGGCCACCGGCGGCGCUGCCCUCCGCUCCCGCCUCGCCGCCCCCGCCCUUCCCGGGCUCGCCGCCGCGCUAGGCCCGCCGGGCGGCCCCGCGCAGUGCCCUCCGCGGGCCCGGCACUAGGCGGGCCGGAGGAUGAGCCAGCAGCCGGCGGGGAAGAUGUCGGCGGCUCCCCUGGCGGCCGAGGCGCUGGAGCCGGCGGCGGGGAUGCUCGAGGGCCGCCAGAGGAAGCUGGAGUCCAUGAUUCGCGACCCGCGCUCCCCGGUCAACGUGGAGAGCCUACUGGAUGGCUUGAAUUCUUUGGUCCUUGAUCUGGAUUAUCCAGCACUGAGGAAGAACAAGAACAUUGAUAAUUUUUUAAAUAGAUAUGAGAAGAUUGUGGAAAAAAUCCGAGCUUUACAAAUGAAAGCUGAAGACUAUGACAUUGUUAAGGUGAUUGGAAGAGGGGCUUUUGGAGAAGUACAGUUGGUUCGCCAUAAAAUGACACAGAAGGUUUAUGCAAUGAAGCUACUUAGUAAAUUUGAAAUGAUCAAGAGAUCAGAUUCAGCCUUUUUCUGGGAAGAAAGAGAUAUCAUGGCCUUCGCCAACAGCCCGUGGGUGGUUCAGCUAUUUUGUGCCUUUCAAGAUGACAAGUAUUUGUACAUGGUAAUGGAAUACAUGCCAGGUGGAGAUCUUGUAAACCUUAUGAGCAAUUACGAUGUGCCUGAGAAAUGGGCCAAGUUCUACACAGCUGAAGUUGUUCUUGCUCUUGAUGCAAUUCACUCCAUGGGCUUGAUACACAGAGAUGUGAAGCCUGACAAUAUGCUUUUAGAUAAACAUGGGCAUCUGAAGCUGGCAGAUUUUGGCACUUGCAUGAAAAUGGAUGAAACAGGAAUGGUGCGCUGCGACACAGCCGUGGGGACCCCCGACUACAUCUCGCCCGAAGUCCUGAAAUCGCAGGGGGGUGAUGGUUAUUAUGGACGGGAAUGUGACUGGUGGUCUGUAGGGGUUUUCCUUUUUGAGAUGUUAGUUGGUGAUACUCCUUUUUAUGCAGACUCGCUAGUAGGAACAUACAGUAAAAUUAUGGAUCAUAAGAACUCAUUGCAUUUCCCAGAUGAUGUGGAAAUCUCUAAGCAUGCAAAGAACCUUAUCUGUGCCUUUUUAACUGAUAGGGAUGUGCGACUUGGGCGAAAUGGGGUAGAAGAAAUAAAGCAUCACCCUUUCUUCAGAAGUGAUCAGUGGAACUGGGACAACAUUCGAGAGACUGCUGCUCCCGUUGUUCCUGAGCUUAGCAGUGAUAUAGAUAGCAGUAACUUUGAUGACAUUGAGGACGACAAGGGAGACGUGGAAACCUUUCCAAUCCCCAAAGCCUUCGUGGGAAACCAGCUGCCUUUCAUAGGAUUUACCUACUACAGAGACAAUUUGUUGCUAAGUGACUCCUCUCAGUCUUGCAGAGAAAAUGAAUCUGUGCAAUCUAGUAAAAAUGAGUUUCAGAAAAAACUAAGCAAGCUAGAAGAACAGCUCAGUAAUGAAUUGCAAGCCAAAGAUGAACUAGAACAGAAGUACAGGUCUACAAGUGUUCGUUUAGAGAAGAUAGCAAAAGAGCUCGAUGAAGAGAUAACUUCAAGGAAGAAUGUAGAGUCUGCAGUCAGGCAGUUAGAGAGAGAGAAGGCUCUUCUUCAGCAUAAGAAUACAGAAUACCAGAGAAAAGCAGAACAUGAAGCAGAUAAGAAACGCAAUUUGGAAAAUGAGGUUAAUAGUUUGAAAGAUCAACUUGAAGAUUUAAAAAAGAGGAAUCAGAACUCUCAAAUAUCCAAUGAAAAAAUCAAUCAACUACAAAGACAAUUGGAUGAAGCCAAUUCCUUGCUGCGGUCAGAGUCUGAUACUGCAGCCAGGUUAAGGAAGAACCAGACAGAAAGCACAAAGCAAAUCCAGCAGCUGGAAAUUAAUAAUAGAGAACUACAAGAUAAGAACUGCCUGCUAGAGAAUGCAAAACUCAAACUGGAGAAGGAGUAUCUCAAUCUUCAGUCAGCUCUAGAAUCAGAAAGGAGAGAUCGAAGUCAUGGAUCAGAGAUUAUCAGUGAUUUACAAGGUCGAAUAUCUAGCCUUGAAGAAGAAGUGAAAAAUGGAAAGAGUGCUUUAGCCAAACUGGAAAUGGAGAAGAGACAAUUGCAGGAAAAGCUCACAGAUUUAGAAAAGGAAAAGAGCAACAUGGAAAUAGAUAUGACAUAUAAAUUUAAAGUUAUGCAGCAGAACCUUGAACAAGAAGAAGCUGAACAUAAAGCCACAAAAGCACGAUUAGCAGACAAAAACAAGAUCUAUGAGUCUAUAGAGGAAGCAAAAUCUGAAGCCAUGAAAGAAAUGGAGAAGAAACUUUUGGAAGAGAGAGCUUUAAAGCAGAAAGUAGAAAAUCGGUUGUUGGAAGCUGAAAAGCAGCGCUCCAUGUUGGACUGUGAUCUCAAACAAUCGCAACAGAAAAUAAAUGAGCUCCUUCGGCAAAAGGAUAUACUAAGUGAAGAUGUAAAAAACUUGACAUUAAAAAUAGAACAAGAAACACAAAAGCGCUGUCUCACUCAAAAUGACCUCAAGAUGCAAACGCAGCAGGUCAACACCUUGAAAAUGUCAGAGAAGCAGUUAAAACAGGAGAAUAACCACCUUCAGGAAAUCAAAUUAAGCCUGGAAAAACAAAACAAUGAACUCCGCAAGGAACGUCAAGAUGCAGAUGGGCAAAUGAAAGAGCUUCAAGACCAGCUCGAAGCCGAACAAUAUUUCUCAACUCUGUAUAAGACGCAAGUUCGAGAACUUAAAGAAGAAUGUGAGGAAAAGACCAAAAUUUGUAAAGAAAUGCAGCAAAAGAUACAAGAGUUACAGGAUGAGAGAGAUUCCUUGGCUGCUCAGCUAGAGAUUACUUUGACAAAAGCAGAUUCAGAACAACUUGCCCGUUCCAUUGCUGAAGAACAGUACUCUGAUUUGGAAAAAGAAAAGAUUAUGAAAGAGCUGGAGAUUAAAGAGAUGAUGGCGAGGCAUAAACAGGAACUUACUGAGAAAGAUGCCACCAUAGCCUCGUUGGAGGAAGCAAAUAGGACACUAACUAGUGAUGUGGCUAACCUUGCUAAUGAGAAAGAAGAGCUAAACAAUAAACUGAAGGAAGCACAAGAACAAAUUACAAAGCUAAAAGAAGAAGAAGCAAAUGUAGGAAAUAUUAAAGCACAAUUCGAGAAACAGUUGUUGAAUGAAAGAACAUUAAAAACCCAGGCUGUGAAUAAAUUGGCUGAAAUCAUGAAUCGGAAGGGUCCAGUCAAACGUGGAGCUGACACUGAUGUACGGCGGAAGGAAAAGGAAAAUAGGAAGCUGCAUAUGGAACUGAAGUCUGAACGAGAAAAGUUAACCCAGAUGAUGAUCAAAUAUCAGAAGGAAAUAAAUGAAAUGCAGGCACAAAUAGCUGAAGAGAGUCAGAUACGGAUUGAACUGCAGAUGACUCUGGACAGCAAAGACAGUGACAUUGAACAGCUUCGUUCCCAGCUGCAGUCACUGCACAUUGGGCUGGACAACAGUAGCAUAGGCAGUGGACCUGGAGAGGCUGAGGCAGAUGAUGGAUUCCCUGAAUCAAGAUUGGAAGGCUGGCUAUCAAUGCCCGUUAGAAAUAACACCAAAAAAUUUGGAUGGGUUAAAAAGUAUGUAAUUGUAAGCAGCAAGAAGAUCCUGUUCUAUGACAGCGAACAAGAUAAAGAACAAUCUAAUCCCCAUAUGGUAUUGGAUAUAGACAAACUCUUCCAUGUCCGACCAGUUACACAGACUGAUGUGUACAGAGCGGAUUCCAAGGAAAUUCCUAGGAUAUUCCAGAUCCUAUAUGCUAAUGAAGGAGAGAGCAAAAAGGAACAGGAAUUUCCUGUGGAGCCCAUGGGAGAGAAGUCAAAUUACAUUUGUCACAAAGGACAUGAGUUUAUACCUACUCUUUACCACUUCCCAACCAAUUGUGAAGCUUGUAUGAAGCCACUGUGGCACAUGUUUAAACCUCCUCCUGCUCUGGAAUGUCGCCGCUGCCAUAUCAAAUGUCACAAAGAUCACAUGGAUAAAAAAGAAGAGAUUAUAGCACCUUGCAAAGUGUACUAUGAUAUUUCUACGGCAAAGAAUCUACUACUGUUAGCUAAUUCUACGGAAGAACAGCAAAAAUGGGUGAGCCGACUGGUGAAAAAAAUACCCAAGAAGCCUCCAGCACCAGACCCCUUUGCUCGAUCGUCUCCCAGAACUUCCAUGAAGGUACAGCCAAACCAGUCUAUCAGACGACCAAGUCGACAGCUUCCUCCAAACAAACCAAGCUAACUGCUUUCCGUGAAUGCAGACACAGUCAAGGUGAUAAUUUUCUUCCCAUUACAGCAAGACUGAAACAUAUCCCAAAAUAUAUUAAAAAUAUAUAUUUUCCUGACAGAUUGUGCUAUAUAUCAGAGGUUUACAUUUUUGCUGCAAUAUAAAUUACUAAUCUCUGAGGGUUUUCCUGUAUUCUCCCAAGUGACUGAUCAAUUGAGGAAUGGUUGGUAAUUAGUAAAAGGAUAUGUUAGGUAACCUUUUAAACUCCGUUCCACAAAGGCUUUCUUGGCAAGACACAUACACUACAUUUCAUAAAAGGAUCGAGAGGAAUGAGUAUUGAAAUGGAAGAAACUGACUUUUCAGCUUUUGUAAAGAUGCCACCAGCACGUCUGCAAGUAGAAGUGGAGGAAGAUCCACCAUAGUGAUAUAGACUGCAUCUGUAAGAAGUGACCAUUAUACUGUGUAUAUAUAUUGUACUGUAAUACUGCAAGAGGGUUUUAAAAAUCUUUCCACUUUAUUUUUUUAUGCUUAUUAAUCAGAUACCGUUACUUAUUGCAGUUGCAACUAUGCACUUGUAUAAAGCCAUAAUGUUGAAGUUCAUAUCAUUCAUACUCAUCUAUCAGAAGCUGCAUGUCAGUGUUCAGCAGCUAGUAUAGGUUUGAAGUAUAUACUAGUUUCAGCUACAUCAUCAUGGGCAGUCCUGUUGUACCUGUCUAAUUGCCUUAAUUUAAACUUUUUUCAAGUUUUUUUUGCCCAUUCUUUCUAUUUAAGGAAAAAGAAAGUUUACCAGCUCUUAGGAUGCAAUUUUGCUUUGUGGCAGAAAAAAUAGUGCACUAUUUUUACACCUAGUAAGUAUAUCAGUGUCAGCCUAUUUUGAAUGUAUAUGACUGGUUUUAAGGGUGGAGAAGUGUUGGUUACAGAAACAAUGAGAGCAUGGGAUUUACCAGACCAUUUGCUUGUACGUGUAACUGCUCAUUCAGCCCUUUUUACAAACCUCAAUACUAGUUAUUGACUUAUAUUAACCCUCAUUAAGUGCUAUGAAACUUCAUUUUGCCUUGUUUUUGCAUACUCUCCUAGAUGUGUUUUUUUGUUUUGUGUUUUUUUUUUUUUUAAUUUCUGGAAAAUAAAAGGAUCUGUGACUAUUUUUACAUUUCACAACACAAUAUCUGAGGACUGUCACAAACUUUAAGAAAAGUAAAACAUACUGUAGAUGUAUUUUAAAGUUUUAAUAUGGUUCUCUAGCACAUAGCUGUAGGCAUAGAUAAAUAUUUCAGUAGUGUGUUUUGAGAACUGUUAGCUGGGAAGAAAGGGCCUCAGAGGCACUUAAUCUGACUCUUUUUUUUAACUUGGAGUUGUACAAAAAAUAUAAUUUAUGUGGGCUCAUUCAUGAUGUGUUCCUAAUUAUCCCAGAAAAUGCAUGUUUUAUACAACUACAGUAUGCGUUGUUAAACAUAUUGACAGUAAAAAAUGUAGUCUCCUAUUUGGUCUCUUUAUAUAUAUAUAAAUAUAUAUAUAUAUUUAGAAUAUAUAUAUAUAUAAAAUAUUGUGUGGGAGUGCAGUAAUUUAAAAUAUGAUCUAACACUUCAAUGAAGGAGGACAUUUCACUUUAAAUUUUUGUUUGUUUGUUUUUGUUUUUAAAAGAGUGUUGAAAUGUUUGGAAGGAUAGGACCAUGUUUUAUUUAACACUAUCAUGAAAAGUGGACUUGGAAACACUGAAAUACUGAAAAUUAAUAAAUAUAUUUACAUUUUGUAACCUUUACUACAGUUCAGCUUAACAAAGCAAGAAUGUAUUCAGUCUCCUGUUUAUGCACUCACAAAGUAAAAUGUUGUUUGUGAGUUCUUAAAUUCAAAACUAAAACUUCCAUAUAAUCUCUGUUAGGUAUUAUAACCCAGAGCACAGCAACAGUGGUUUUUCCCUGCUUGUUUUGAUUUACAGAAGUACGGUAUAUUUUUAGAUAAUGCAGAUUUGCAUAGAGUACAACAUUAAAAAUGUAUACAGUAAAACUGUUUCCAUUCACUGAAUGCAUAAAUAUUUUAUAUAUAUAUAUAUAUAUAAAAAAAUGUUACAUUGUGGGAAGUUCUAUCCUUUUCUGAGUUGGAGAAUAUUAUAUAUAUAUAUUUUUAAAUAAACUAUUUGAGUAAGGUAAAAUAGUUCCUGAACUUGAGAAGCUGGUAAUUAAUUGAAAUAUUUAAAUACAGAGAUAGCUACUGCAGCAGAUAUGGGAAAGGCAAGGGCUGCUCCAAAGGCAGCCGAGCAAAGCUUGUGUGUGGAGGAAGUGCAGACUCCACGGGAGCUGUUUGGCAGCGCCUCCGCUGCCGGGGCUGGAUCCUUUGCACUUUCUCUCCCUGGCUUGCCCUCAUUUACUGUGAAUCUGUGGGGCCCUGCUAAGCCUGACAUUUAAGGAAAUGUACUAUAUUACAGUAUUUGCUAGCCACAGUUUAUAAAUUCUAUGCUUGUACAAAUGUUCAUUAGCUGUACAUGCAGCAGGCUCCACUGAGAUGGUGUCAUGGAGAAAUACAGGCUAAGGGGGAGCACUGGGGGUCCUGUGCUCUGACCUCUACCUCAGAGCAGAGCCAACUUAGUACAGGUUCCUCAAGGCCCGUGGUCUGAGGUGCACGAACCUCACUUUGUACCCAGGACACAAAAGGCAGAGCUGCUCUUCUGUUCUUCUCCCUUAUCCUGCUGUGAAAUGCAAACAACUCUUUAAUGCUAGUUCCUGGAGAUUGUGUUGUUUCCUUAUUGUCCAGUGGUGACCUUUCAACAUUUUUGAGAGGAGAGCAUAUUCAUGAACGAAUGAAUAUUUUUCUUGAAAGCCACUGAUAUUUUAACACUUUCUUUUUGUUACAGGGUUGUCCCAAGCAAACAGGACAUUUUUAUGGCCUGAAUUACUUAUCUAUAGAAAAUUCUCUCAUUGCAACUCUUUUUGUCUCACAAGAAUAAACAAGUAGCAUAGCCAAGCUGCAGAUUAAUCUUCUGGAAAAAUCAGGGGUCAAACUUGGAGCCAGAAGCUCAAGGCACUUGUAGGGAAGUUGCUUCUUAGUCCCCAGUCCAAGAGCUCACCAGCACAGGACAGGCAGACCGCAUCAGAGUUACCUUGUCAGGUGUCAGAAAGACCUUUCUGCAAUGAGAUUUCCACUUCUGUCCUAGUUGUGUGCUGCAAUUCCCUACCUCUUGUGGUUCCUGCCAAAGUGCAGCCCCUCCCAGCACUGUCAGCAAUCCAGCACCAGUCUGCUUCUAACUAGAGGAAGGCUCUGGUGGUUCAUGUGCUUCUGAGCACAGCUGAUGCUGUAACCAAAAACAUGACAUAGAAUCACAGUACGAUGUAGGACUUGAGAACAUGCAAAAGGCUCAAGGAUCUUGGCAGUGACAGGGGCCAAAUUUAAAACAUGACUGAAAUUCCACUGCAAGUGUCUAAAGCUCCUACUGCCUCGUGAAAAUACUGAACCUCCUAGAUUUUGCAGGCCAUCAGUGGGUCUCUGAAGGCACCAAGGCCAGGAAAGCUGGCACUGAAAUUAUAUGCUUUUUCUCUUUAGUUUCUUUUUAGUUUCUCAUGUCAAGUGAUCAUUAGAAAUUUGAGCAUUUCUGUUUGUAAUCUUACAAUGUAUUAGUUUCCCAUCUAGUUUUGAGAGAAUCAUCCUUGGAGAGGAUUAUCUAUUUUGGUCUCAAGUGCCUUUACCUGUCCUGUGCUUGUGAGGUUGUAUUUGGGAUGCUGCUGUGUAAAGGGGGAACUUACAUGAAAGCAAACUUCUUACCUGGAUUGCUCCUAAAAACCCUUAAUCACCUCCUUAUUCUAUUCUUGAGGCAGAAGAACGUAACAGUACAAGGUCCAGUUCAGUGAACUGGAGUAUUUCAGUCUCCUCCACAUUCCUGGAGGUUUGCCUUGACAUUCAUGUUAAAAUAAUCAUAAAUUUAUUUUUUCAUGUAAUCAUAGAAUAUAUCAAGUUGGAAGAGACCUAUAAGGAACAUCGAGUCCAACUUCCCUGCUCUGUACAUAAGUACCUAAAACUAAACCAUAUGGCUAAAAGCAUCAUGCAGACACUCCAUGACCUCUGACAGGCUUGGUGCCUUUUCAGUGCAUUACAGUUUUUUACGAACGAUCAUCUCUGCACAUAGUGCACUUUAAAUUGAAAACAUUAUGUCUUAUUUUUUAAGAUGAUCUUCUGAAUCAUUUAGGGUUCUAUAAAAAUCCCCAGGAUCAUAGGGUUUGCCUGCUGCUUUGAAGCAUCCCUCAUGAGGGUGGGAAGGAGUCUUCUGGAUCUUCAUAAAAGAUGUUGGUGGAGUGGUUCAGAAACUACAAUUUGUGUUCUUUGUUGGAGUUGCCAAAAAAGUGGACAGGUGUAUAUACUCAGACAUUCUCAUCUGAGAAGUAAGUCUACUGACUUGAGAUGUAUGUGGCAGAGAACAACACUCAAAACACAUCCAGCCUAGUUCCCUCAGAAACUACUGCAAUGAAUGGAAAAGCUGUAACUGUAAAAACAUAGCUCCAAGAAGUGAGGACGUAGAGAAAACAAUUUAUUGGCACAGGGAUGCUAAUUACCAGGUCUUAUUCAUGCAAAUUGGGGUUUGGAAUCUUUGCCACUUUGUAGGCAUGAAGCAUUGUUCUCUAAAGGUAAGAAAGCCACAUUACUACUUGAUAUUGCAAGGGUGAAGCCUUGGAUUUGACUGCAGCUGUGUCGUGGUUUGAUGCUGGUUACGUGCCAGGCACCCACAAAAAAACCAUCUACUUAUUUUCCUCUGCUAGCUGAGCAGAGGAGGGGGAAUUUAAAACUUCAUGAGUUAAGGAUUAUUGAAAAAAAAAAAAACCACUUUAUGAAAAAUUAGGUUCAAAACUUAAAUAGUAUAAAGAAGAUUUAUUAGUAACAGAAUUAAAAGUAAAAAGGGUAAUGAGAACUAAAGCGAACUUUCAGACCACCUUUCUUUCCCCGUCCCUCCCUCUUUCCACCGUCCGCGCAAGGAAACAAAGCAUGGGGGUUUUGGUCAGUAUUUCACUUCUUAAAAAUCUUUCCUCACCAUGCUUAAGGAAAGGAGUUUCUUCUGCUGUGCUGUGGGAUCCUUCCCAUGGGAUAUAGUUCUCUGCAAACUUUUCUAGUGUGGUUUUAACUUCCACAAGCAGCAGUCCUGCCUGAACCUGCUGCAACGUGAGUCCCUCCCAUGGGCCAAGCAGUCUUCCCACAACUGCCUAGCGUGGGCUAUUUUAGUUCAUGGGGUUUAGUCUUUUAAGGAUGAGCUGUUCUAGCUGGGAAGCGAAGGCUCUCUAACAGCAAGGGUCAUCUCUCUCUGUCCAAGUUCCUCAGCUUUUCAGUGUCCACACACUCCAGUGCGAGUAGUCUUCUUCACAGGCUGUGCAUGGGUAUCUGCAUCCCCCCAUGCACCUCAUGAAUUACAGGCAAACAGUUUGUUGUAUUAUAGUCCUCGCCACGGCUUGCAGGAGAAUCUCAGCUCCGGUGCUUGGAGCACCUCCUCCCUCUCCUUUUUUUCACUGACCUUGGUGCCGCCAUGUUGAUUUUCCUCAUGUGUCCUCACUUUUCUUUUUUUUCUGACUUGGAAGAAAGUUGGUGUCUGUAAGUUGCAGUUGAGAGGUUGAUCUCGUCGGGGCUCCACAUUGGGGAAUUGCUCACCAUGUCUCUCGCUGCUGGCCACGUGGUCCCUGCCGGCACCACAUGGCCAGCCCCGGCCGCGUGGUCCUCAUGGGCACUGCAUGGGUGGCUCUGGCCUCGGGAGGGCCCCGGCUGCGUGGUCCCGGCCUCGGGAGGGCUCUGGCCACAUGGCCCCACUGGGAUGGGCACCAGCAGCCGCCUCACCACCCCUCAGGAGAAGGAAAAAAAAUAGCUUCCCAUGCUUCUUCCUUUCUUAAAUAUGUCAUCACAGAGGCAUUACUAGUCUAAUUGGGCUAGUAACCCGCCCAUCGUCAGAGCCUUCAGCGAUUGGCUCUGUGCCGAACAUAGAAGUUUCAAGCAGCUUCUCUCCUGUCCCCACAAAAAACCAGGCUGUGUUAAACCAACACAAGCUGCUUUUGCUCCAAUAAUCUUGUAGAAGCUGCAGGAUUAAAGUGAUUUUUCAAAAUGAAAGUCAACGAAAUGAAAGGUAACGAAAUUUCAGGUAACGAGUGUAUGUAGUCCUGAAACCUUAAAGAAAUCUGGAAAGACACAUUGCCACCCUGAAAAGAAAGGGCAGAGAGUGCAGUAAUUUCAUGUCCCUGCAGCCCCUACCUGGUUGUUGGAGGAGCUGCAUAGAAAUGCUUUCACAGCCAAAACAGGUGCAUGGGAUGCUUGAGUUCUACCACCCCAUAUUGAGGUCUAGGCUUUCAGUGUUCAGAGAUGUGACUCUGCUUCUAUGCAUAGUCUUAUAUUGUCCUUAUAGGCCUUAUAGGUCAUCCAGUUCUUGUCAUUUGUCAUUACUGUUUGGGGUGGUUUUUUGCCCAGGACACUCUUGCACCACUUGGUAAGCAUGGCUAUACAGCGAUAAGUACAUCAGGCUUGUGAUACCACUGCCAGUCCUCUUUUCCUUUGGAUCACCAACUGCUUAGACUUGAGGCACUGAAUUGCCUCAGAUAUGUGCUACUUUUUAUUAGCAAGUGGUCUGGUAGAAACUUUUUUGGAGUUACCUGAGGUAUUAAAUCCCACAUUAUUUUUAAGACUGAAGGAGCUGGGCACCCCACCAUCUGAGCCCUGUUUCAUAUCUGCUCGCCCUGCAUUGUCUUUGACCUCAGAAGUUCCAUUUUCCAGUAGGCUCUUGGAGCAGGUCUUGCAGCUGGGUGCAGGUCUGGCUGCAGCUUCAGGACUUGCAUCUGCUUGGUGGAUCCCAUGGUCUCACAUGUCUGCAUGAUGUUUUCCAGCAUAUUACAACCCCUGCUUCCUGGGGGCCACUGCAAUUCGGUAGGAUCUGCGUAGCCUUCAGUCCACUCUGGAGCCGUGGGAGGGAGGCUCCCCUGCAUGCUCUGUAUGCUGUUCUGAGCUACAGCAAUGGGAGUUAUAUUACUGGAAGGUGGGCAUUUGUGGAAACUUAAAAAAACCAACAAAGCUAAGAGAGAAAAAUACCCUCAAGCUCAGAGGGUCCAUGAGGACUGUAAGUUGUGCUGACAGUGCAUUUCAUGGAAAAAAAAUCUCACAAGAUAAGUGACACUCUUGAAAGUCAGACCAGUCUGUAUACAGGAAUCUCUAUACAAUCAGCUGUUUGAAGGUGAAAGAAUGUCUUCACAGUAAUUAAGUGUUUAAAAUAUGCUUUACAGAAGCUCAAUUUGUGCUUCGUUAGAGUCAUGAUCUACAUGUCAGAGACAACACUGAGGCACAGGGUGUGUGUUCUUCCAUUCACGAUUUUCAUAUAGUAUGAGUCUUGGUACUGCUGGCCAAAGCUGCCACAUUGCAAAGCAGAAAUCUUGUACAUCCCAGAGCAGGCAUAUGCACAGAUGACUUGCAGUUAUAAUAAGGUGGUAAGUAGAACUGAUUUUCAGCAUGGAGCCAAUGUUACUACUCAGUUUGAAUCAGAAUCAUCAUUAGCUAACUUACCUUGUCACAUUUUAGGCUGGUGCAGGUUGCAUCAUUUACCAGGAUACUUGACAGAUGUGAUACCACAUCUGAUAAUGUGCAGAAUUAGCUGUUUAGGCUUCUGACAAUUUAAGACAGUUCUAAGAUUGUUUAGGCUUCUGACAAUUUAAGACAGUUCUAAGAUUAAAUAAUGAAACAAAACAGGGUAUGAACAAAAUUGUGGCAAUUAUUUAAACUGUCCUUCAGGUAUCCCCAGUUAAAUUUCAUCAAAACUAUCAUGUAAAAAGUCUCUUAUUUUACCCCAGCCCAAAGAUUGGAUUUUUUUGCAAUACAGAGGUGGUUGCCCCAAACCACUUCCAAUGUAGAAUGGAAUAGCUGACACCUUUAACUUGAAAAUGUCUGUAUGUCCUUCUUGCCAUUAGGCAGGAAACACCUCAGGUCAUAUCACCUCAGGUCUGUGAGGCUGGCAAGGUCUUGCAAUUGGCUCCAUCACAAGUGAUAAUCUGUCAGAUUCUUACGGUGAUGUUCACUGUGGUUCCGAGGCACCUGUUUGACCUCAACAGCUGUCAUUGUUGAGAAUUCUGAAGUGUCCUGGAGAACUCUGGCUCAAAAUCAAGCAAAUUAAAUUCAGUACAAACCAAGAACUGUAUAACAUCCUAUUUUAAGAUCUUUUUUUUCAGCUUUCUCACCUUCCAAACUGAGACGUCCUUAGACCAUUAUUAGUGAUGAAGGCAACAUUUCAUGUUCUGCUUCAUACAUAAAUAUGAAUGUCAAAUAUGGAAGAAUUUGGAAGAGAGUGGAACAAACCAGGCUGAAGAAAAUUUGAAGGGAAGUAAUUACUAUUUAUCAUCAGGGAAAAUACAGGGCUGGGAAACUACCUCAUUUCAGUUAUCUCCACAUCUGUGGAGCUUUUCAUUUCUAAUAGUUCCUCAUGUGGACUCAGCUGUUAUUCCCUUUUUUUAUUUUCCCCCUAUUACAUAUGUCACUAAAUGGAUAAGGAUUGUUUGGUGGAGGAAGAGUAAUUUUACCUCAUUUAAAGAACUGAAUGAAGGCAUUCUAUAAGAUUGGGACCAGAUAGUUGUGAAUUACUUUGUCCAGAGUCAAACUACACUAAAAUCCAUCUCUGGAUCUGCAGCAGUUGGGGGGUGUCGCUGCCUCCCCACCACUCCUUUGUCUCCUGUUUCAGUAGAUCAGAUGAGCAGAGCCAGGAUUGGGAGCAGCCACGUGUACAGUGUAAGGCAGCGACAGAAGCUCCUGAGCAGGCCAAGCAAUAGCAUCCCUUGCUGGAUUGGAGCAGCACAAGGAAAGACAUCUGUGUCCACUUCACACAGAAUGCCCAGUGUUAGGGAGGCCCAUAGAGUGGGGACAGGAUGGUUUUGCAUUUGUGUUUAGUGUUCUGUUCACUGAGGACAGUCUAGAAAAAAUAAACUAUAUGUAUCUUCUACUGUCCACAUCCUCACUGUCAGACCUGCAGCCUGCUGUCUCUGGACUCACAUCCUCAUUCUUUCGAUAGUAAAUCUCACGGUAAAUGUUUUUCUCUCAAGCUGAAGUGAGCUUGUAGCUUACCUCUUGCCAAAUCCAGUCACAGUUCAUCAUCUCCACUGCUGGAGUAUUUGGGGUUAUUCAGUGGACUGUACUGGAAUUCAGAUCUUGUCUUUUCACCGGCAAGGAAACUCAAAGUUUCUGAAAGCCCCGACAGGACCCACACUUUGUCAGCCAGGGCAGGACAGGCUGUGUUACCUCAUGAGCGUGUUGUGAACUGGUGCCAUUAGACACCGAGUGUGUAAUUCCACACUUGUACAGCAUCUGUGAAUGGAGUUGUAUUACUUCCAGCCCUGUGGGUAAGAGUUGCUUACCGGCUUACACCCACUGCCAUAAAUCCAAGAUGCCUUCUCUGCCUGCUUUUGCCCAGCUGCAGCAUUAUGCAGCAAACACCCUCCUUGUGUCUGCCCCCCUACUGGUGAAUGACAAGUUUAACAAGAUUUAUCCUGCCUAUGUAUUUGUCUAAAGCUGUUGCCUUUAAUCCAGCCACUGAGAAGAUUAUUCUUUACCUACUGGAAAGCACAGGGUCUGCGCUUUCGUGGGGCUUGCCUGGAACUUGAGUGUGCAUCUGUUUAUGAAAGUGAAAGAAGUUACUCUCUGAUCGGGGAAAAAGUGUGUAAAACUAUUUACUGCUGCUUUCUGAUUUGUUCCAUAUCUCUUGCAGAUUGAAUGAGAACUCAUGGUCCAGCUUUCCAAGUCCACAAAAUUACUUUACCUUAAGCUCAUGAAUUACCCAGCUUUGUUUGUUUUCCUCAAUCUUUUUUUCCCCCUAGGUUUCUAAGGUGAUUUAUUCAAAAUAUGUUAAGUAACCUAUUAAGAACUGUUCUUAAAUGCAUUUUCAGUAUUUUAUGAUAAAAAAACAAUUUGAGGUGCUGAUUCUCAAACCAGAAAUGGAGCAGCUUCACUUUGCUACAGCAUCACUCAGGAGUAUGAAAGAUGUCAAUGACAGAAGAGGUUUGGACUCCAUACAAAUCUUUCUCUAUCAAGAAAAAGCUUUAGUUAAAAAGCAAGUGUGGCUUUUUUCAUUUUAAGAUGCUGAAGCUCUUUAGCAUUUGGCAGGUCAAUAUUCAACCUAUGCUUCAAGUGUUAAGGUGAAAGCUGCCCAUUUAUGGCCUGUAAUGAAUAUUUAAGUUUCUCUCCAUAUAUGGAAACAGAAUAAAAACUCAAAUGCAAUGAAAAUUAACUGUAAGAAUGACACUAUCAAUCUUGAAGAAUAGUAUUUAUUAAUAUCACCUGGAAAAUGUAUCACAUGCCACCUGCCACUAUUUAGACCACUUGAGAUACUUUACAUAGCUUUAGUAAAAUCAGAAUGUUUACAAUUAAUCUUUCAACCAACAUAGAAAGAUUUAUCCAUUUUAUUGGAGCAGUAAAAAAUGCUCAUCUUUGACUUGUUCUCAAUAAUGUGGGAUACUUGAAAUCAGUGCCCACAGACAACAUCUCUUCCCAGCCCUUCCCACUAAAAUUUAGAGUGCACGAAGCAGCUGUUUUCUGAUGGUGAAGGCCCCACUCCAGUUGCUGCGUGUUCCCUGCCAGAAACAUCUCCUUUUGCAGAUCUCUUUGCUCCACAGCCGUCACACAAUUUAGAAUGUUUCAAAGAAAACCUGCUUCAAAUGUAGUCAAUGCAGUCCUCCCAUAGUUUUCAAGGGUGUUGGGUUCAAGGGUGCCUUGGUUUUUAAAUGCUAAUCAACAGAAUACUGUAAGAACUCUUUUGAAAUGUAUCUUUUAAUUUUGGAGAAUGUAAUGAGAAAUUAAGGCAAGCUAUAUGAUUACUAAUGUAACUUUUGGCUGUGAAGGCAGUACCUCCAAAACCAAAAUCCCCUGUUAAUAGUUGUCAAGAGUAUCCUUUCCCCUUUUUUAGUGUAAGUACUACAAAUGGAUCAGAAUUUCUGAAGUAAAAGUUUAAGUGAAAUCUAUGUUCUUCAACACACUUAGCACUGACAGGUUAAAAAUUCAUGAACCACAGAACAGUAUCACCAAAACCUGACAGCCAUGGGAGAUGAGUCUGCUGAGAUGCAUCAAGGUGCACAUGUCACUGUCAGUAUGGAUGGUGUCUGGGAACUCUGGGUAUUGUUCCAGGAACUUUUGCUUGAACAACAUUUUUAACUGUUGGUCACAGUUUCAUUAAUUCCCAUACAUUCUAGUCCCUGCUGUUCCCAAAACAGUAUGUUCAGUGAAUGAGAGCUCAGGUUGAAAAAGAAGAAUUCAUAGUUGAGUUUUUGCUCUUAUCUGAUAAAAAACUGGGUAUACUGAAGAAAGUGACUAUGGGUAUCCUGUAUCAGCUGUAUAAAUUGUACUAUUUAAGUGUUGCAUGUAAGUGCUACAAUCCCAACUGGACUUGUGACUUAGUAAAAGACAUUUAGAACCUUAUUCUGGAUUGGGCGUUGAUUCAGAUUUUCUUCAUCCUAAAAUACAGACAGUUAUGUUGAACUGAGUUGCUUGCAAGAAGACGACAAACAUCUGUUGUGGUUUUUCAGUCUUGCAGCAGAAGGAUGAGUCAGUAUGUUGGUGAAAAAUUGAUCAUGUAUAAUUGAAGAAAAUUGCUUCUAUGUAACCAGAAAGUACUGAAGUGAUACCAGAAUAUAUAUACAUCUAAUUAUGAAAUACCUUGUAGUAAAACAAUCCAGAGAAAAUGUGGCAUCAGUGAAACUUGUCUGAAAUGACCAAUAAAAAUAUGCUGCUUAAAUUAAGUAUCUUAUCAGAAUUAUUUCUAAGAGAAAGUAAGCAUGAAUGUACUAUACUGCAAGCCUGUAAGUCCUGUAAAUAGCAAAUAAGUAUGCUAAAGAGUAAAUAUUAGAGAAAGCUUCCUCAAUCUUUGAGGAAUUCUUAAAUUCUUUAAGCUUAAGUGUAUUUUAUUUCAUGGUAAUGAUAUGUGUGCUGAUGAGUGUCUUCUAAUCAGUCUUUUUAGUCUUGCUGUACUGCAGGAUUGUGGCUGUGACCCAAAUAUUGAGAAUGAGCAUGAUUAUGAAACGGAUGAGAACUAAAAGGGAAAAAAAAUAUUGUAAGCAUAAAUAAAAAAAAUCAACUGCUGUUA